AGCAGCACCAACAACAACAGCAGCACCAUCAACAAGUACAGCCAAUCCAACUACAGCAGCACCAACAACAACAGCAGCACCAUCAACAAGUACAGCCAAUCCAACUACAGCAGCACUAACGACUACAGCAGCACCAACAACAAGCACAGCUAAACCAACUACAGCAGCACCAACGACUACAGCAGUACCAACAACAAGCUCAGCUAAGCCAAUUACAGCAGCACCAACGACUACAGCAGCACCAACAACAAGCACAGCUAAACCAACUACAGCAGCACCAACGACUACAGCAGCACCAACAACUACAGCAGCACCAACAACUACAGCAGCACCAACAACUACAGCAGCACCAACAACAACAGCAGCUACACCAACUACCGCAGCACCAACAACUACAGCAGCACCAAACAGCCAAGCCAACUACAGCAGCACUAACGACUACAGCAGCACCAACAACUACCACAGCAAAACCAACUACAGCAGCACCAACGACUACAGCAGCACCAACAACAAGCGCAGCAAAACCAAUUACAGCAGCACCAACGACUACAGCAGCACCAACAACAAGCACAGCUAAACCAACUACAGCAGCACCAACGACUACAGCAGCACCAACAACUACAGUGGCACCAACAACUACAGCAGCACCAACGACUACAGCAGCACCAACAACAAGCACAGCUAAACCAACUACAGCAGCACCAACGACUACAGCAGCACCAAUGACUACAGCAGCACCAACAACAAGCACAGCUAAACCAACUACAGCAGCACCAACAACUACAGCAGCACCAACAACUACAGUGGCACCAACAACUACAGCAGCACCAACAACAAGUACAGCUAAACCAAUUACACCAGCACCAACAAGCAGCACAGCUAAACCAACUACAGCAGCACCAACGACAAGUCCAUCCCAACCCACGACAGGGCUCCCCAGCACCACACCUGCUCUGACAACACAGAAUCCCACACUUCUAUCAACCAACCGAUCACGUAAGUCAUUUGUCAGUCACCCUGUCAACACACUUUCAAAUUCAUGCGACCUCCAUUGAGACAAUUUCUACACGGUCAAGUGUAAAGUAUAGUCUUGAAUCUUCAUCCUUUAUUUUUAAAACAUCUUAAAAUGUUAUAGAUCAGGGGUCGGUGAACAGGGGUCGGUGAACAGGGGUCGGUGAACAGGGGUCGGUGAACAGGGGUCGGUGAACAGAGGAGUUGGCGAACAGGGGUAAAAUAUCCUAAAUAGGGUAAAAUUGAAAAUCUCGCUCUGGCCAGUGUGAUAGAUAAUGGCAACCAGCAUGUGGGUUAGAAGUGGCUCGGCAACUGGCAAACCGCAGGUCAUGUCUUGUAGACCUAGAUAUGGGGGGCAUUACGGCCUUUUGGACUCAUCCCCUAAGUUUGUAUUGGUUUGGCGAAAAAUCAAAACAAUAAUCAAUAAUUAAUUAUUUAAAAAAAAUAAAUAAAAAAUACAAAUAAAUUUAAAACUCAAAACAAAAGCAAGAAACAAAUCAGGAUUUUAAUCCUUGAUCUUAUGCUUAGCAAUUAUUUGACAUGUUGUAGAUGUAUACAUUAGAGUCAAUAAAACCCUUUUGAAUAGUUUAUAAUCUUCCCCUUUACAAAUCACGGGAGGGGGGGAGGGGGGGGGGGGAACGUCGGCGUAAAUAAAUAUAGUUUUGGGUAAGGGCUAAAAAGGUCGCGCCCCCCCCCCACACCACACCAGGCCUCUUUUCAAGCUACUCAGUGGACAAAUUCUUUGGUUUGACCAAUCGUAAUGUGUAGUUAUCUCAUCAUUUUAUUGUUGAACUCUCAUACCUCUUGUCAAUCUAAUUGAUUGGUUUGUUUAACACACGUCGCAUGGAAGGGAGACACGCCCACCCAGUUUUUUUUUUUUUAAAUAUAAAUAUUUUUUUAGCUGUAGCUACCUGUAAACUUAUUUUUAGCUGUAGCUACUUGUAAUUUGUUUAAAAUAUAAACUUAUUUUUAGCUGUAGCUACCUGUGAACAAAUUUGUAUCUGUAGCUACCUGUAUAAUUAUUUGUAGCUGUAGCUACCUGUAUAUUUUGUUAAAUCCACAUCCAAUCUUCCCGCCUGCUUGAUUGGUCGGCAACAUGCGGCCCUGAACAGACCGCACGCUAUUUUUUUAAAUAAGGACUAUACACGGCUCCUUCUUUAUGCAGUUGUUCAUUUAUAAUUCAUGCGGCUCUCCAAAUAUUUUCUUAACAGAUGCUACUUAAAAGAGUGGCUUCUGACUCAACAACAACAACAACAAAAACAACAACAACAAAGAAACUAAAGCAAAUAAAACACACCAAAAAAAAAAAAAAAGAUACAAUUUUCGGAGCACUGACCUCUAAGCCAACUAAAAGAAAUCUAGACCUAAACGAGCCAUUGUAGCAAAUGUCUUUAAUGAAGACCAACGUUUUGUGGUAGUUUCCCUUUGCAGGACACAGGCCUGCAGCACGCUUAGUUUGAUGGAGGGUGUGCUGGCAUGUGUGUCAUGGAGAAUGCUCUCCCGUCAAACGAACAACACAUGCUCUAUUCUCUAUGAAAUUUGAUACAUUUAUUUUUAAAAAAAAUUCAGUUUUAUUCUCAGAAGUGAUCAUUUCUAACGGGAGUCAUGCAUUUCAUUUGUUUGGAAACUGCCCUACAUGUCCUAGUGAUGUUUGACGCCUUCACCUUGGCGGUUCAUGUUAAAUGCCGUUUGUCGUUGGUCCCUCUGCAGUGUGCCAGGUUUCGUCUCGCAUCCUGAACGGCGACCGUGUGGUCGACGACUGCAUCUUCUCCGGCAUCGCCAACAUCACAGCGAUGGGGAGUGUCAUCUGCAACGCCGUCUUCACGACCGCCACGGUCAACGGGACGUACAAGUCCACCUUCUUGACGGCGGCCGGCUGCAAGGCGAUCGUCAAAGGUCUGGUCUCCAAUAAUAUGGUGUAAGUCGAAAGUUGUCAUCUGUGGCACAUGUAAAUCAAAUCGAAAAAAAAAGAACACAAAAAGUUUAACCAAAAUACAUAAUUGUAAAUUCUUUUUCAUCUAAAAUGUUGAGGUCAAAAUAAGGGGUUCGGGGUAAUAUUCAAGUAAGUUAUACAUUUUUUUUUGGUUUAAAUCCUCAACUUUAAUGGAACACGUGAUCAAAUCAAAAUGAUUUUAGGUAAAUUUUAUGGACGAAUGCCACUAUUUUAUUGAAUCUCACGAAUGUAUCCCUAAAUCGAUCCCUAUGCCUAACCUGAACCCUAAAUCGAUCCCUAUGCAUAACCUGAACCCUAAAUCGAUCCCUAUGCUUAACCUGAACCCUAAAUCGAUCCCUAUGCCUAACCUGAACCCUAAAUCGAUCCCUAUGCCUAACCUGAACCCUAAAUCGAUCCCUAUGCCUAACCUGAACCCUAAAUCGAUCCCGAUGCCUAACCUUAAUCCUAAAUCGAUCCCUAUGACUAACCUGAACCCUAAAUCGAUCCCUAUGCAUAACCUGAACCCUAAAUCGAUCCCUAUGCCUAACCUGAAUCCUAAAUCGAUCCCUAUGCCUAAUCUGAAUCCUAAAUCGAUCCCUAUGCCUAACCUGAAUCCUAAAUCGAUCCCUAUGCCUAACCUGAACCCUAAAUCGAUCCUUAUGCCUAACCUGAACCCUAAAUCGAUCCCUCAACCUAAGCUAAACCCUUAUUCACUGCAACUAUAAUAAACACACAAAAGGGGCCGUGGCAUCCGUCCUUAAUUUUAGCCUGAUUGUAUUCAAGUAAACAUGAUUAUGUUCGAGUGCCGUGCAGGGCUGACAAGAUCUUGGGAAUUCACUACCUCAUUCAGGACCAAAACUCACUUUUUAAAAAAGAAAAUUCCCAAGAUUUAAAAAAAAGAAAUCAUUUAUUUUCAUGACCUUGGGAAAUCUUGGGAAACAUUUUGACAAAAUCUUGGGAAUUUAAAAAAAAAAAUGAGUGGUAUUCCUGGUGCCGUGAUCAUUUUCAAGUACACGUGCCAUUAGGGUCAUGGCGAGGAAAAGCGGCGCUCCUCAAUCUGUAAGUAAUGUGCCCCCAUGGGUGCACAAGUAAAAGAACUAUUUUGGUGACCCUUGUCUUUGCGAGUACAUUGGAAUUUAUCGUUUAAUUUAAUAUUAAAGUCCUCUUUAAAGAUGAUUUUGGCGCCCUUGAUGUAACCGCCCGGGGUGGGUGCCCCUUCACUCCGUCCCUCCCCUCCCUUUUUGUACUUCACUGCACUUGAUCAUACACGUGAUCCUACACACUUGUUACUGCCCCAAUCCAAUAAUAGCAUCCUAGUAAGAAGAACACCAGAACGUCAUCUUUCACAACUGUUUUUGUUAUUGAUAAAAAAUCUCAUUUAUAAUAUCGGAAUGAAACUCUUAUUUCAGCCCUGAUAUUCAGAUUGGUGUUCAAAGAUACCCAGUAGUCUCGCCAAUUUUUAACUUGUAUGACGGUAAGUGAACUCAUUCACCGAGCACGUUUAAAUGAUGAUAAAAUCAAUCAAUCUAAAAAUAAAUGAGCUUCUACAGAUUAAAUAAAAAUUUAUUAAUUAAUGAAAUGUUUAAGAUUUUGAAGAUCAAAUACAUAAAUACAAAAUAUGUAAUUAUAUAUAAAAGAUUGUUACCAAACUAAAUUAUAUGUUUUAUAUUUAUUUGGUGAAAAUUAGACAAACUCCAACUUUGUUAACGGGACAAAUCGCGCAUUGUAUUUCUCAGUUUCUUUAUAUAAAAGAGUGGAAAGGCCUGACCGAUCUGAUUGGUUAGAAUAGAUCAAAUGUACCUCUGGAAUGGCAGAAACCCAAGUAGAUCUUCAGCGCUGAAGAGAAAAAAGAAUCUAAAGCUUUCAAUAAACUGAUCUCAUUUACUCCAUGACAUCCUUUACAGGUGCCAAUGACGUCUCAUUCAUUGACCUAAAUCCCAGCUACUCCUACUUGGCUGCUUACCUCGGCCCGUGCCAGGAAAUGGCAUGCCCCUAUAAUGAGGUCACCAUGGCAGGCCAGGUCAACUUCGGGGACUGCAAGGUCGUCAGCUGGGGAAGGUCAAAUUCAUGUAAGUUGCUAACGCAUUUUAAAAACAUUAAAACCAAUAUUUAGACCGAUGUUAAACAAAGCACAUCUCUGGGUCAGUAGCAGACACAAUUUUCAACACAUUUUAAAAACACACUACUCACAAAAUUGUUAAACACAUAUGUCAGGAUUAAAGGAGCUAUUGGAAGUAGGGCUUCUGUAGUUCAAUCCAGACAGUUAACCAACAACAUCUUUGCUAAGACCACACAAACGUUUUAACGCAUUGCGUUAAAUAAUGGUUAAGCAGGAAAUACUCCCAACAUACUAAUCAUAAUUGGAUUAUGUUCAAACUUGACAUCCGAUAAGAUGUAAGGAUAUUGGCCAACCUUGACACUUGACACGAACCAUCCUUUGGUCAGGAGCUAUAUGACCAGGCCAAAUAUAGUGGCCAACUCAUUUAUAUACCGCGCAUGUAUACACUCCGUUGCCAUGUUGCUGUUGUUGCUGUUGUUGUUGUGCAUCCUUCGCAUGUGAAGAUGACCAAGGCUGUAUGACACGAUGAGUCCACAGGUGGCCUGGCAGUCCUAUUUGUGUCAGGAAAGCUUUCCGCACGUGGGGCACACGUAGUUUUGGGAUUUGAGUCGACUUUGUUUUUUCUUGCCGUAGGCUUUCUUUGGGCGUGAGCAGUGCGCUUAUACUCUGAGGGUUUCGCCCCGGCAGUGAGUGUGACACGCCAGCUUGCACGGCCCAUAGCCAGUCGUGUCUCCCACGGAUCAAGGCCAAUUUCCAUGGAUUUAAGGGAAGCUUUUAGACAGUCCUUGGAGCGUUUUUUAUCUGCCCACCUAAUGAGCGUUUCCCGCGAGCCGAACCAUAGUCGUUUGGGAAGUGUGCCCUAGAGAGGAUGCAAAAUGGCAAGUGGACAAAAGGGGCACUGAACCAGUGGACAGUGGCGAAAACCGAGGCUUCACGAAAAACAACUCUGAAAACCCUAACCCAUUUCUCGGUAACAGAAAGGGGUUGACGGAACAUCUUGGUACGGGCAUGGGGGCAGACUGCGCCAAAGCCAGACGUGUUUGCGCUCACAUGUCUCGACCUAGCAAGUCCAACACCUGAGCUUGGUCACUGAGAUGCGGACGGAUCUAAGUUUUACUUAAUCAGGCUAAGACAACGUCAGGGAGGCGAACUGUUGGCAUCGCACACUGGUCCCAGAAACGGUGGUGUCUUCGUGCCCCACACUUGGCGAGCCCUACGUUAGUCAAAUGUUGUAUGGGUACUGCUAAGAAGAUGGGGCUUGUUGAUGGUGUGUUAUUUGGGGCAAGGAAGAGCGAGACGACCCCUCCUCCCCCACCCCAAGCCGUAUGAAUUAGUAUUAAUACACAAUUUGCCCGUCAUGUUUGAGAUGCAGUUGUCUAAAAAAAAAUGAUAAGUAUAUAAAAACACUUCUAUUUCAGCAAUCCAAAGAUUUGAUGGAUUAUUCGAAACGUCUGUCACCAUCUCCUUCACUGGGUGCUCUACCAUACCCAAGAGUUCCACUAAUCCCACCGACUACUGCUUCAGAACCGUCAGUGGCAAGAACUUGUUGUGUGAUGUAAGUGCAUUGGGCAAGCCUGUGUCGGUGUGUGUGUGUGUGUGCCUAUGUCAGUGUGUGUGGGUGUUAGCGCGUGUGUCAGUUUGUGUGUGUCAGUGUGUGCCCGUGUGGGUCUGUGGUUCAAUCGCCCUUUUGUAUAAUCACGUGUGUCAGAGAUAUGGUGCAAAUAUCCACUGCCAAAACGUGAGAGAGUGUGUCACUGUGUGUGUGUGUCUGUGAGGAUCUGCCUGUGUGCUUCGUGCCAACUUCGCAUGAUGAGUUCGUGUGAGUGUGUUGGUCUAUUAUCUCUCAGAGAGGAAUUCAAACGUUCUUGUGCUUUGUAUUCUAGAAUUUUAAAUUUAAAAAAAUUUUUAAAAAAUUCUCCAUUGUAUCUUAUGCACUGUGAAAGGACAUGAAACCGUCAAAACUUGCCUUCGACAGGGAGACGCGGGUGCCCCAGUCUACUGCAGGGCGCCAAGCAACGGGGAGUGGAUUCUCUUUGGAGUGGCUCAGCUGGGACAGAACUGCAACACGAAGUCCGAGUUUCGCGUGCUGCCUUAUCCCGGGUAGUCGCCGGGGCGACACGCGUGUUGAGAUGACACUCGGCGUGUCGAAGGGGAGGACUACCUCGAAUUCAAGUUAGACAACUCGCCCAAAGAGCGUAUCUUUUAGCAAAAGACUAACCUUCUGUGUCCAAUAUUUUAUAAUUUGUAUCAUUAACAAAAAUACCUAAAAAUUCAGGUGUAUAAAUAUUAGGAAUAAACAAAAGAUUAACAUCUCUUUGGAAUAUGAUUCUGUUGCACUGCAUCGGUCAAGGUCAUUAAUCCAAUAACUAGACAAUCUUAAUUUAAACAAGGUAAGCCCCGGCUGGUUGGUGCACUGCCGGGCGUUCCUGUAUUUUUUCACUAAGAAAUCUUAGGCAAACUCCCAGACUUUUCCACCUGGACUUGACCUCUUGAGUUAUGUGCCUUUAUUUUCUGUUUUUUUUUAAAAAAAUGGGGGG